AUGGGUGCUGUGGUCCAAAGCCACACUGAGAGCCAAUGGUUUGAGGGUUGGGACACAGGAUAUCUGACCUUUGGCAAGGCUUGGGAGAAGGGCAAAGGCAAAACCUUGCCAAUGAAAUCCCAGGGCCAGGUUUUCCUCGGGGUCACCCACGUUGUUUUCUCUCCUACCCAGAAGUACCACUCAGACCCCGGGGCUGGGAGCAGCAGCAGUGGUCCCAGCGGCUUCGUCCCCAACCUCAACACCAUCGCCACCAGCCAUAACCUCCAGUGGAUGGUCCAGCCCACCAUCAUGGGUGCCUCGCCUGGGAUCCCACCCUACCCUCGGCCCUAUCCCUGCCCACACUACGGCCCCGGAGUCCGUCCACGCGUGAUCCGCACCGCAGGACCCUUGUUGGUGCCACGGAGGCGCCAUUCGGAGCAUGAGACAGACCAGUUGGAGGCCGAGCAAUCGAAGCUGCAAAAGGAGAUUGCGGAGCUGCAGAAGCAGAAAGAGCGCUUGGAGCUGGUGCUGGAAGCCCACCGUCCGGCCUGCAAAGUCCAAGGGCAGUCGCCGGGCAAAGAAAAAGAAGGUGGCGACCAGACGACAACAAUCAAGCAGGAAUCCCCUCCGGGGCCCAGUGUCCCACGCCGGGCCGCCCCAGUGCCUCCCAGCAUCACUUUACCGCCCAGCGGCCCCUUGGAGCCCGAAGCCCUGCACACCCCGACCUUGAUGUCCACCCCUUCCUUGACCCCCUUCACCCCGAGUUUAGUUUUCACUUAUCCGGCUCCCGGCGACCCCGAAGCACCGUCCGGUUCGGGAUUCCCGCAAGAGCCCUGCUCUUCUGCCCAUCGGCGCAGCAGCAGCGGCGACCAUUCCUCCGAUUCUCUCAAUUCGCCCACUUUGUUGGCACUCUAAGACAGUCAUCAUGGAGUACCGGGUGCCAGCUUUGCUUCUGCCUCGGGUCGUGGUUUGGACUGUCAUUCUGUUGCCUCAACAAGAGUCUAGUGUCUCCAUCUAGGGAAGUCAUAGUCACACUCUAUUCUGCUUUGGAAUCAGACUGUG